AUGCCUGGCUUACCAGAGGGCGGCCACUACAUCGUCGUCGACGCGUCCUCCAGCCACUACGUCGCCCUCGACGCGUCGUCCGGCCACUACAUCGUCGUCGACGCGUCCUCCAGCCACUACGUCGCCCUCGACGCGUCGUCCGGCCACUACGUCGUCCUCGACGCGUCGUCCGGCCACUACGUCGCCCUCGACGCGUCGUCCGGCCACUACGUCGUCCUCGACGCGUCCUCCAGCCACUACGUCGCCCUCGACGCGUCGUCCGGCCACUACGUCGUCCUCGACGCGUCGUCCGGCCACUACGUCGCCCUCGACGCGUCGUCCGGCCACUACGUCGUCCUCGACGCGCCGUUCGGCCACUACGUCAUCCUCGACGCGCCGUUCGGCCACUACAUCAUCCCGUUCGGCCUCUUCCUCGUCGUCUUCGUCUCGCCGUCCAACCUCCUCGACUUCGUCACUUUAUGUCUCGACGUCGUUAUCAGUUUCCUCGGCCACCUCUUGUCUUCCGACCCAACCGGCUCCAUAUCCGCCUCGGUUGAUCCUCACACCUCCGCAUCGGCGUCAGUUGACCCGUCUACAUCUGUGUCGGUCAACCCGACCCUCUCGGCGUCGGCGUCGGUCGAACCCACACCAUCAUUAUCGACCUCGCUGUCGGCCUCAGGGAACCCCUCUGCAUCAACGCUGGUGGACCCAUCGGCAUCGGCAGCAACUUCGGUUGAACCCUCUGCGUCUGUCUCAGUCUCGGCAACAGUGUCGGGCGACCCCACAUCUUCUGCAUCAAGCUCAGCAUCGGCAUCGGUGAACCCUUCCCCAUCUACAUCGGUGUCGGUCGCACCAUCCGUAUCGGCGUCCUCGUCGGUUGAACCCUCUGCCUCCGCAUCCGCCUCGGUAUCUGUGUCAGUUGAGCCCACACCCUCUGCAUCAGCCGCGGUCAACCCCUCUGCAUCUGCAUCUGCCUCGGCCUUUUCGUCGGUCAACCCUACCGUCUCCCCAUCGGUGUCCUCCUCUGUUUCCCCCAGCCCUUCGGUGUCGAUCGUUCCCAGCUCAACCAUAUCGCAGGUUCCCAGCACUUCUGCGUCCGUUGGGCCCAUUUCUGGUGCCACGGUCCAGGCCAAGCUUCUCAUCCUGGCCCGCGACGAAUACUCUGCGGAGAGUGGCUACCAUGGCCUCCUCGGUUACGGCAUCCCGUUCGAAACCAUCCUCGUACCCCAAACGGGCAUUCAGCUUCCGAGCCUCAACUCGACCGCUUCGCACGGCCUUUACUCUGGCAUUAUUGUCAUGGAUGCCCUGGCGUACGAUGAUGCGGGUAUUUGGGGCAGUGCCCUCACCGUGGCGCAGUGGGACACGAUCCAUACAUACCAAAAACAGUUCAAUGUGCGCAUGGUUCGCAUCAACGAGUAUCCUGGUCCCGACUUUGGCGUAGCCAUUUCAGGCAGCGGUGGCUGUUGUGGCGCCGGAGUCGAGCAGCUUAUGAGUUUAUCCGACGUCUCGGACUUCCCCUCGGCCAACCUGAAGAUUGGUGCGACCGUUUCCUCUCAGGGCCUGUGGCACUAUCCAGCUGUCGUGACAGAUCCACUCACGACCAAGGUAGUAGCCACGUUUGCUCCAGGUGGAGAUGUUUCUGGCGAGACUGCGGCUGCAGUCAUCAACAAGAUUGACGGCCGUGAGCAGUUCGUGUGGUUCUCGAGCUGGGCACCCCAAUGGUCUCUGUCGUGUGCCUAUCUGCAACAUGCGCACAUUCACUGGGUGACUCGUGGCCUGUUCCUCGGCAAACGCAAGACGCACCUGAAUGCCCAAAUUGACGACGUCGAGCUGCCCACGGACAUGUACUACCCAACAGGUACAACAUUCCGUCUCCGACCCGCCGACCUCGACGGUCACGUUGCUUGGAUGGCUGACCUCAACUCUCGCCUACCUUCCGGCUCGGACUUCCGACUCGAGCUCGCACACAACGGCAACGGUGACAUUUCUGAAGUUGUUGAGCCCAACGGUUCGGGCGGCCUCUGUACUCCCGACACGGCCGUAUACACGGACGACGUCGGCCCAGAUCCCCCCCUCGAGUUUGUCAAGCCGCUCGGGACUGGCACCGACGCCUGGCCAUCGGAAUGGGUUGCAUACAACUGGACACUCACUUGUGCCUUGGGCGACGACCUGACGGCAUGGUACCAGAACCCGUCCAACCGCGAUGCCUAUGCCCACGUCUCACAUACCUUUACGCACUAUGAGCUCAACAACGCGACAUACCACGAUGCGGCGCGUGAGAUUCAAUUCAACCAGGCUUGGCUCCAGCAGGUUGGCAUUGCCAACGGUGCUCGCUUCUCUACCCACGGUCUUAUUCCUCCGGCCAUCACUGGCCUGCAUAACGGAGAUGUCAUUCAGGCGUGGCUCGACAACGGCAUCACGCACGUCGUCGGCGACAACACCCGCCCGCUUCUACGCAACGGGCAGUCUCCCUACUGGCCUUUGAUCAGUAACGUCGCGGACAAUGGCUAUGAUGGCCUUGUUAUUAUUCCGCGGUGGGCUACUAACAUCUACUACAACUGCGACACGUUUGAAUGUGAUGUCGCCGAGUGGAUUGCCAUCUCCAGCGGAUCGGGCGACUACACAAACCUCCUCGACAAUGCCCGCGCUACCAACACCGCCUAUAUGCUUUCCCUCUACAGUGACCCGUACAUGUUCCACCAGGCCAACAUGCGCUACGAGGACAUGCCCACCAUCACCAUUGGAUCCCAGACAUCCAAAAUGUCCAUGGUCAUGGCCUGGAUCGAGACGAUCGCCCAGGAGGUGUCGCGCCUCACAAACUGGCCCAUUACGUCCCUUAAACACGACGACAUUGCACAGUACUUCCUGGACCGUAUGGCGCUCGACCAAUGCGAGCCUUCAGUGUCGUACACGCUCUCCGAUGACGGAACCGCUAUCACUCACGUCGUCGUCACCGCAGCCGACCAGGCGUGCAGUGUCCCCGUCCCAAUCACGAUCCCUUCCGGCAGCGCCACUGCUGCUGGCGGCUCCAUCGCCAGCGACCAGGUUGGCAGUGAGCCUCCCAUCCAGUGGGUCACCCUCAACGGUGGAGCCGCAACGGUUACGCUCAACCCCCCGAUUAGUAUUUGA